CAAAAGAAAUUAUAAAGUGGUUCAAAAACAAGUCGCCGAAUACCAUGACUUCUUUUUGUUUAAUUCACAAGUGUGUGAAAGCAUAACGACGAACAGUGAACUCUGCUGUACAAAACUGUUCAUGUCCAACUAUCAACACCUAUCCGAAUUCACAACCUAUCCAAGUCCCGCCCGCCACCUUCCGGUGUCGUCCAAUCCGAGGGCGCCUUCUUUUUUAUGUCCUCCAAUCCGAAACACGUUUCCUGCAUGUCCUAUGAGUGCGCGCACCUCUGAUUGGUUGACCUGCGUUCAGACGUGACGCCAGACUUUACGCCGACGUUGGGGCCGGAGAAGGAGGGGCGACUAAUGGCGCAUCGCAGCCCGACUGAUCCAGAUCGCCACAAAUAAACAACAGCAGCCCUUUACGAUCGUGUCCGAUUCGUGCGCCCAAAGGUCGCGCCGUGCCGUAGCCGUGCUUUGCGCGUUUGCUCAUUGAGCAGGUAGGCUGGUUUGUUUUUAGCGGCUGCUCGGAGCGCAGAGGCCCAGAGGAAAGACGGCGGAUCGAGAAUAUGUAACAAGUGUCAAAAUGACGUCCAGAUUCAGUAAAACUUACACUCGGAAGGGAGGAGAGGCCAGCUCGAAGUUCGACGAGGUGUUCUCCAAUAAAAAGGCUACUCUCAGCACCAAAUGGGGAGAGACCACCUAUAAAGCCCAACUGGGGGUCAAACGGCCCUCGUUCAAGCCGGAGGUUCCAGAGCUGACCAAACGGCCUCGAUUCGACGAUGACGACAGCUCAGAAGACCCGUUCGGCUUUGACAGCGAUGACGAGUCCAAAACCAUCACGUCCAGAGGUACACCUCAGUCUGAGGCGGGCUCGGUUGCAGCAGGGUCUGAGAACGAGCAGUCUAGACCCCAAACAGCAGUGGCCAGGGAGGGCACGUCCACUUUGGUGAGCGGCACCAACGUCAGCAGAGGUGUCAUUGCACAUGAUAGCUCAGCGAAAACAUUUACAGCCUCAUCGCACGUCUCUGGAUCCGGAGGGGCAUGGAGUAAACCCAGCGUUCCGAUAAGCAAACCAUUCUCCCAGACCUCCAGCUUAAAAACCCACAGUAGAAACUUCUCAGAUGUCUGGGACUCUCCUCCGGAGGACUCUCCUCCGGGAGCUGGGGAGGGAAGUUCUGCCCAGCCCGGGAACUCUUCCGAUGGACUCGAGAGCUCGGAGCCGUGCCCUGCUGAACCGGAACCUCCGGUGGAACCCAUUGACUUUGAGCAGCUUCCGCUUAUUAAACCGUCCAGCAACAGGGUGUACAAACGACCCAGUCGGAAUAAAGGGUCGGAUAGUUCAGGAACCGAGGAAUCGAGCUCUGCCGCAAGUUCAGCGCUGCUGCCCGAGCCGGUGAAGAGCAGCGUUGCGGGGGUUUCUGGGAGUUCAGAGGUCAAGCCUGCUGGUCGGGGAAGGGUGAGGGACUACACGGUUCUUCACCCGUCGUGUGUGUCGGUGUGUAACGUGACCAUCCAGGACUCGAUUGAACGGAGCGUGGAUGAUCUUGUCACUCCGGUGCAAGCUGACAUUGGAGAGGCAGGAUCGUUUAGGAGGAAGACGGAUGCACAGCCCGCCAAGCCUACAAGGUUCAGGCCCACCCAGAGUAAAAGCAAAAAGGAGACGAAACUGGAGUUUUUUGGCUUUGAGGAGAACGAGGCUCAGGACGCAGACGGAGAAGCCACAGUGUCCGGCAGCACCAGCUACAAGAUCAAAUACUUUGGGUUUGAUGAUCUGAGCGAGAGCGACAGCGACAGCGAUGCAGAGGACAAUUCAGCAGCUAAAGAGAGGAAGAAGGAUAAGAAAGCAGCCACAGCCGUGUCGACCAGCGCGGACAGCCCACAAAGCAACCACUCACAGGAGAGUCAACAGAGCCAAAGCAGCACAAAUACAGACUCUCAAGAAUCAUUGGAUGAGUCGGACUCUCAGAAGGAACGACAGGGAAAGGGGAGCGACAAGUCGAAGGAGAUCGGACGCAAGAUCUUCAGCGGCCCAAAAAAAUCUCCUGCUAAAGCCGUAUACAACGCGCGUCACUGGAAUCAGCCCGAACCGGAGGAAGUGCCGGGUCCUGUUUCCUCUCAAACUGUGGUUGCACCUAAGCCCAGUGUGUCAGGUGGCAACAAGGAUACAAAUUCCCAGAAGGACGAUGGAGUAUUUAAAGCCCCGCCCCCUCCUCCUAAAGUCAUUAAGUCAGUCACAAUCCCCACUGAGCCAUACCAGGACAUUGUCACUGCACUCAAAUGUAGAAAGGAGCACAAAGAGUUAUACACAGUGGUCCAGCAUGUCAAGCACUUUAAUGAUGUGGUGGAGUUUGGGGAGAAUCAGGAGUUUACAGAUGACUUUGAGUAUCUGGAGACGGGUUUGAAGAGCACACAACCCCUUAACACGCGCUGCCUUAGUGUAAUUAGUCUGGCCACACGCUGUGCCAUGCCGAGUUUCCGCAUGCACUUGAGGGCCAGAGGGAAGGUGGCCCAGGUCUUUAAGAUGCUCAGCGAUGCCCAACAGCACCCGAACCUGGCUCUUUGCACAGCAUCUCUGAUGUACAUUCUGAGUCGAGACCGGUUGAACAUGGAUCUGGACCGGUCUUGUCUGGAGCUGAUGAUCAGGCUGCUGGAACUAGAGCAGGACGACUCGGUAGCAGACCAGCUAACAGCUAAAGAGAUGAGCAAAGUUAAAGAGAAGAUCCGCAAACUCUGUGAAACGGUCCACAAUAAACAUCUGGACCUGGAGAACAUCACCACGGGUCAUUUAGCGAUGGAGACGCUUCUGUCUUUGACGUCAAAGCGAGCUGGAGAUUGGUUUAAAGAAGAACUGCGUUUACUGGGUGGAUUGGACCACAUUGUAGAUAAAGUGAAAGAAUGUGUGGAGAACUUAAAUAAAGAGGAAGAUAAGGAGAGUCUGGUGGCGUCUCUCUGGGGUGCAGAGCGCUGUUUACGGGUUCUGGAGAGUGUUACUGUCCACAACCCAGAGAACCAGGCUUAUCUGAUCGCAUACAAGGAGUCCCAGCUCAUAGUGUCUUCAGCAAGGGCUCUGCAUCAUUGUGAACAGAUGAUCCAGCUCUACAGUCGAGGGGUCUCUUCAUCAUCUGGCUCCGCCCUCCCACAGAGUAGCCAUAGCAAUGUGGGCAAGGCCGUGGAGGAUUGUAUGAGAGCUGUUAUUGGGGUUCUGCUCAACCUCACUCACGAUAACGAGUGGGGGAGCACUAAAACGGGUGAGCAGGAUGGUUUCAUUCUGACGGCCCUAGACUGCGUUCUCAAGGUUCCUCAUUAUUUGCUUCAGGAGCAGAGAUUCGACAUCCGCGUGCUGGGUCUCGGUCUGCUGAUAAAUCUGGUGGAGUACAGCGCCAGAAACAGACACUUUCUGGUGGAGAUAGAGGUGGACAUAAGCUACCUGAAGGACGCUGAGGCAGAUGUGAAGACUGAGAAUGAUGUCAAGACGGAAGGAGAGGAGGAGAAGACUAAAGAGUGUGAAGAGGGAGAGGGCGAGAAGGAAACCUCGACAAAGACGACGACCAACGCCCUGGUGGCUCUGGUGGAGCUCUUCUUGGAGCGAGAACGAGCAGCUGUGUUAGCUGAGGCGCAGACUGAUGACCUCAUCAGUGAGGCACCCAAAUCUCAGGCAGACCAGAGCGGAGAAUGGCAAGAAACAUCUGGAGAGAUCCAGUGGGUCGCCUCGGAAACCAAUGACACAAAUGACACAAAUGACAAGAAAGAGGAAGAGGAGGAAGAGCUUGAUCUUAAUAAAGCCCUGCAGCAUGCUGGGAAACACAUGGAGGACAGCAUUGUUGCAUCAUAUACAGCUCUUCUGCUUGGGUGUCUAUGCCAGGGGAGUCCGAUGAAUGUUAAGACGGUGCGGGACAGCCUUCCUAAGGGAGAUUUCUCCAUCAUGACGGAAAUGCUGAAGAAAUUCCUUAAUUUCAUGAAUCUGACGUGUUCUGUUGGAACCACAGGACAGAAGUCUAUCUCACGGGUGAUUGAUUAUUUGGAGCACUGUUAGCAGUGGUGUCACAGUUCCCCCUCCUCCGUGGGAUAAAUCUGGACCUGGCAACGUGCCUUAGGCCCUUCAGGACAGGAGGAAGCAGCUCCGGUGGUAAAGGUGGUUGAGUGUCGCUACGGUCACACCACCUGGGUGACUCUUACUGCAAAGACUUGCAUUAUUCUUUUACUCAUUUUUGCAUUGUGUGUUUUUCAAUCAUGUCUUUUUCUCUCGCUUACACACUCUGCUGUGUUUCCAUAAUAUUUGGUUUUAAAGAACUGAUCCUUGUUUUAAUUGCAAACUGAGCUCUGUUUUUGGAACAAAAGAAUGUUUGGACAAAAAGAAUGAUUUUAAACUACUUGUUUCUUUUAAGUACAGUGCCCUCCACUAAUAUUGGCACCCUUGAUAAAUAUAAGCAAAGAAGGCUGUAAAAAUAAAUCUGCAUUGUUUCUCCUUUUGAUCUUUUUAUACAAACAAAUCUACAGAAUUCCAACAUUUCAUUAAAGUAAAACAAUUUGAAGUGGGGGGAAUAUCACAUAAUGAAAAGUUUUUUUUCCCUCUAAUACACCCUGGUCACAAUUAUUGGCACCCUUGUUUUCAGAUCUUUCUGCAACCUCCAUUUGCAUGAAAAACAGCUUUGAGUCUUUUUUUGUGUCUGACGAGGUUUGAGAAUAUAUGGUAAGUCAUCCAAGUCCAUUCCUUCGUACAGAAUCUUUUAAGAUCCUUCAAAUGUUGGUGCUCUCUUAUCUUCAGUUCAUCCCACUCAUUUUCUAUAGUGUUCAGAUCAGGGAACUGGGAUGGUUAUGGCAGGAUCUUGAUUUUGUGUUCAGUGACACAUUUUUUGUUGAUUUUGAUGUUUAUUUUGAACCAGUGUGCUGAUGGACGAUCUAACCACGACCCAUUAUAAUACUUCUAGCAGAGCAAGUCAGGUUUUGAUUUUUUUAUUUGUUGGUAUUUGAUAUAAAACAUGAUGCCGUAAAUCUGAACAAGAUGUCCAGGACCUCUGGUAUAAAAGUAGGUUCACAACAAUAAAGAUCUGGUGACAUAUUUAACUGUGGACAUGGGGAAUUUUUUUAUCCCUGUGUGUACCAAACUUAUCUUGUGUUAUUGCUGCCAAAAAAACUAUUUUUCAUUUCAUAUGGCCAUAGAACCCAGUCCUGGUUGAAGUUCCAGUAUGGCAGAUUAAUAUGAUUGAGUUUGUUUUUGCAUGAGAGCAGAAGAUUUGUUUCUUGAACAGUGUCCCAAACAACUUGUGGUGAUGGAGGUGCAGUUUUCCUUUAUUAUUAUUAUUAAAUGCUUUCUGACCCCAAAAUUCAACUGUUACUGCAAUUUUCCAUUUGUGCUCUUUGAGGAGUCUUUGGCCACUCAUAUUCUUCUCUUCGCUGUGCAUUGAGACAAUAUAGACACACGUCCUGUUUCAAGCAGAUUUUCAACAUCUCCAGUCCAUUAAAACUUCUUGAUCAUUGCUCUGAUGUUGGAAAUGAGAUUUAUAUUGUUUUAACUAUUUCCUUAAAGCCAUUUUGUAUUUUGUGUAGCUCAACAGAACUAUAUUUUUUGGUUUUAUCCAUUGUGAUAAAUGUUUAAGGGGGGUUUGGCUUUGUGUUACUAAUAUUUAUUCUCCUGUACAACAAGAACUCAUGACUGGUCAACAUCACGUUUCUAGUCACCUUGGUGUGCUAAGAAAAUGUAAAUAUCAAUGGGAAUAUACUUGGGAGAUAUUUUACUCGUAAGAAUUUCUAAGUGUGCCAAUAAUUGUGACCAGGGUGUUUUAGAGAAAAACAGUUUUUCAUAAUCUUAUAUUCCCCCCACUUCAAAUUGUUUUACUUUAAUGAAAUGUUGGAAUAUUGUAGAUUUUUUUAAAUAAAAGAUCAAAAGGAGAAUCAAUGCAGAUUUUUUUUGCUCAUAUUUACCAAGGGUAUUUUAGUGGAGGACACUGUAUAAUAUUAAUAAUAUAAGGAUUUAGACUAAAUGUAGUAGUAAAUUAUGGAUUAAAAAAAAUACAUCUGUUUGAAUCAUGGAGAUCCAAGAUGUCUGACAAACCAGAGACGGACCCAGUUACAUCUGGUAUCAAAAUGAGUAGUUAACCCAAAUCUGAAAACUCUCAAUUUACCCCCAUAUGUAUGUAUGUAUGUAUGUCUUUGUUCAGUUAAACACAAAAAAUUGUAUUACACCAUACGACACACAAUGUCGCAACACAUUAGAAAUUGUAUCUCUAUCAUGAGUUUUUGUCCACACCAGCCGCGACUGCGAUACACAAUGGGCUAUAAUAGAUUCUAUAUUAGAAACCGUUAUAUUUUAAAUGUUACACGUUGCAUCUGUUGUAGACACAGUGUUAAAAUGUUGUGUAAAAUGAUUUUCUAUUUUUUUGUGACUAGUUGUCUUAAGCAUGUUUUGUUACAUGACAUGCAAGAACCAAUGAGAUUCGAAGUUUGUGGCGUGCCACCAUUUGAAUUUACCACACUUGAUUGUGUGUUUACAUAAAAACAUGAUGUAUCUAUUACCAAGUAAGCUCAAAAUAUUUUUCCUCAUACAUGUAUUGCUUCAGAAGAUGUGUAUUAACCCACAGGAGUCAUUUGGAUUACUUUAUAGAUUGAUGUAUGUGCUUUUGUGAAAGCUUUUGUUAUCUUGAGCACCAUACAAGAUAACAUGAGAGCAUUUUAAUAUUUACUAAUUUGUGUUCAACUGAAGUAAAGUCAUCUGGGAUAGCAUGAGUGUAAAUUGAGAGAAUUUUCAUGUUUGAGUGAAAUACUCCUUUAACGUGUGCUUUUUGGAUUUCACUUGCCCACAUUAAAAGCCAGAUGUAAAUGCACCCAGAUCUGACCAGUGACAGUGGGCUAAAGACCUUGCAGACAGGCAACCAAACACAUGUACUGAUGUCAAUAGCUGUGUAAUGACAGAUUUUAUUGGGGUCAAAGAUUAGUGAUUUUAUGGUCCGGUUUCACAGACAGGGGUUAUCUUAAGUCAGGACUAGGCCUUAAAUAAAUUAAUUUAACUAGGUAGCUUUUAUUAAAAAAAGCCUUAUAAAAACAUACUGGUGUGCAUCUUGAGACAAAACAACGGCACUGAUAUAUUUGAAGAUAUGUUAUUGCAAUUUGUUUUCAGGUAAGACGGCUCAAACUAACCUAAAGCCUUGUCUGUGAAACCGGGCGUAUAAUCUCUACAAGAAAAACACAUUUACUAAAGAUGGCCCAAAUGAGAUAGUUUAAUUCUAUAUUCUGUCUAUAAUCUCAAAAGUGGGAACCCUCAUUCUGUAAGAAUUCCUAUAGAUUCUCAUGAAACUAAUGGAUCUCCUAUAACAUGUCUAAAUCAUUGUUUAUUACUUGUAAAGAUACAAAGAAAUGAGCUAUUAGGUUUGAUUUCCUAAAUGAUGAUGUGUUGAUAAGACACAUGGAUAAUUUACCUGGACAUCUGAUGGAUUGUGGUGAUUUUUGUUUCAUUUUCUGAUCGUCCACCUUUUUAUGUUAAGAAUCGGCCAUUAAAUUUUGAAUUGACCAUGAAA